GCGGCAUCGGCCCUUCCCACCAGGCACUUCCUUCCUUUUCCCGAACGUCCAGGGAGGGAGGGCCGCGCACUUAUAAACUCGAGCCCCGGCCGAACGGCAUGUCAGAGGCUGCCUCGCUGGGGCCGCGCGCCAUGGCCAGAGGCGUCUGGGCUGGGACGGACACAAGCGACUGUCACCAGCGGCAUCCUGCGCCCCUCUGCUCCGGCCAGGCCCUGUCGCAGCGCCCGUGCUUUCCCCGGCGCCUGCACCCGGCGCACCUGGGCAACAUGCUCGGGGUCCUGCUCCUUGGCUUGCUGGCCCCAGCCGGCCUGGGGCUCCCGACACCCGCAGAACCGCAACCCCGCGGCAGCCAGUGCGUCGAGCACGACUGCUUCGCGCUUUUCCGGCGUCCUGCGACCUUCCUCGCUGCUAGCCAGAUCUGCGAGCGCCUCCAGGGCCACCUGAUGACCGUGCGCUCCACAGUGGCUGCCGAAGUCAUCUCCUUGCUGCUGAGUGGCGACGGCGCUGAUGGCCCGCGCCUCUGGAUCGGCCUGCAGCUCCCACCUGGCUGCAGCGACCCCAGGCAUCUCGGGGUCCUGCGCGGCUUCCAGUGGGUAACGGGGGACAAUGGCACCAGCUACAGCAGGUGGGCGCGGCUCGACCGCUAUGGGGCGCCCCUCUGCGGUCCUCUGUGCGUCACUGUCUCCGCGGCUGGGGCCCCGGCACCGAGCGAGCCGGCCUGGGAGGAGCAGCAGUGCGAAGCCGAGGCCGAUGGCUUCCUCUGCGAGUUCCACUUCCCAGCUUCCUGCAGGCCCCUGGCGGUGGAGCUCGGCGCCCUGGUGGCUGCCAACGUCUCGAUUACCUACAGCACCCCGUUCGCGGCCCGCGGCGCGGACUUCCAGGCGCUGCCGGUGGGCAGCUCCGCCGCGGUGGCGCCCCUUGGCUUGGAGCUGAUGUGCGCUGCGUCGCCCGGAGCUGCCGAGGCGCGCUGGGGCCGGGAGGCGCCGGGCGCCUGGCACUGCAGCGUGGAGAACGGCGGCUGCGAGCACGCGUGCAAUGGGAUCGCAGGGGCGCCCCGCUGCCUCUGCCCGGCUGACGCCGCCCUGCAGGCGGACGGGCGCUCCUGCGCCGCACCUGCUGAGCAGUCUUGCGACGACCUCUGUGAGCACUUGUGCUUCCGCAACCCCGAUGUGCCAGGCUCCUACUCAUGCAUGUGUGAGACCGGCUACCAGCUGGCGGCCGACCAUCACCGGUGCGAGGACGUGGACGACUGUUUGCUGGACGACAGUCCUUGCCCGCAGCGUUGUGUCAACACGCAGGGUGGCUUUGAAUGCCACUGCUAUCCCGGCUACGAACUGGUGGACGGCGAGUGCGUGGAGCCCGUGGACCCGUGCUUCGGAGCUAACUGCGAGUACCAGUGCCAGCCCGUGGGCCAGACUAACUACACCUGCGUCUGCGCCGAGGGAUUCGUGCCCAAGCCACAGGAGCCUCACAGGUGCCAGAUGUUCUGCAAUCAGACUGCAUGUCCGGCCGACUGCGACCCCAACACCCCGGCUAGCUGCAGGUGCCCCGACGGUUACAUCCUGGACGAGGGUUUCAUGUGCACGGACAUCGACGAGUGCGACAAUGACUACUGCCCCGGCGAGUGCCGCAACCUUCCUGGCAGCUACGAGUGUAUUUGUGGGCCCGACUCGGCCCUGGCUGGUCAGGUCAGCACCAACUGCAACCCGGUCAAGGUGAGUGACGACGAAGGCGGCGGCUCUGGGGAGCCCCCCGCUAGCCCGACGCCCAGCUCGACGCCCAGCUCCACCUCAGGUCCCCCGUCGGCGGGGCAGAUGCAUUCAGGUGUGCUCAUGGGCAUCUCCAUCGCCAGCCUGUCCCUGGUGGUGGCGCUUUUGGCACUCCUGUGUCACCUGCGCAAGAAGCAGGGCACCGGGCGAGCCAAGAUGGAGUACAAGCCUGCCGCCCCCGCCAAGGAGAUGGUGUUACAGCAUGUGCGGACCGAGCGGACGCCGCAGAGACUCUGAGGGGCCCCCUCCCUCCCCCAGCCGGCAUCGAUGUUGUCCUUCCCUCCCUCCUGUGCCCGCCGGGCCCCAGCUUUACUCCCUGUCUACCCAAAAGCACUUUAGAUGGCGUUAGAGCUGGAGAAGACCCUCCUCCAUCCUCCCCAAGCUGUUUUCGCUGAUUUCCAUGCCUCGCUGGGGAGGAGGCGUUGGGAAGGGGGUUGAGAAGCCCCAGCCUCUUCCAGGACGUCACCGGACAACCGGGCAGAAAUGGCGAUUUUACAGUGAAGACACAGACUGCGUAGUGUACCCGUCCUCAUCACAGGACGCAGGAGGGGUGAGCGUUUUUUUGUAGGCAGCCUUUUGGGCAGACCUUGACCCAAUGGGCUAGUGAUGGCCAAGAUAUUUAUUUUUUUAAGUAUUUAGGAAUUUUUUCCUUUGCUCC